AUGGCGCCCCCUGUGCUAAGGGGUUUGCUCCACAAGAUGGAUGAGGAACUUCAAGCUCUUCACAUGGCCAAGCAGGAGCUGCAGAAGGCACAACAGGGGCUUCUGGUGGCUAUUGACAAGAAGAUGAAGGAGAACACCAUGGUCAGCAAUCAGCUUUUGCUUCUUGAGCUCCAUCUUAGCCUGUUGGGCAAACAGUCUCAACACUCAAAGGGAGAUUGUACAGGCAUGUUUAGAACAAUGUAA